AUGUCUCACAAACCCAAUGUCCAUCAGCAUAUACCGGGGACUUCUGGGACAUCUGUUGCAAACCUUACAUCCGCAUCUGCUGCAAAUCUGGCCACCUUGCAAUCUUAUAGGCCUCUUCUAAGUGAUUAUGGCCCUCCUACGCUUGGAUUCCCACAAGGUACCUCCGGUGGUGGUCAAGUGCCUCAGAACAAAUAUGCAGAGCUGUUGGCCAUCAUUGAGGAGCUUGGCAAAGAGAUCAGGCCAACAUAUGCUGGGAGCAAAAGUGCAAUGGAAAGACUGAAAAGAGGUAUAAUCCAUGCCAGGGGCCUGAAGGAAACAAACAAACGGCUCUCCAACAGGCCUUCUCUAUAUGGCGUCAUAAUGUCCACCGAUGACAGUGUCUCAGAGGAUGUGUCCAGUUCAGGGGCAUUGGGCCACUGCCCUGUUAAUGCUGAUGGAGAUGGGGGCAAAGACAGUGAAACGUCCCUGGUGUCGUCUGAAGGGACCUCUGCCCCUGGGCUCUCUGUCUCUGAGGACAGACUCACAACCUCCCACACAACUGGAGGGACUGUGCAGUGCAAGACGAUCGAUACACCAGUCCUCAAAAACAUCAGGAAUCUUUGUUUGAGUCCUGAAGUAUAUGGACAUGGGAAGAAUCUUCCUUUUAUAAAUCCAAGCUCCAUCGAGACACUUAGAGCCUUGGUGCAGGAGAUACGGAGCAGUGGGGAGACCAAUCCUGAGAUCUGGAAGGACUGCGAGAGUCGGUGGCUCCAUCUUUUUCAGCUUGUUGAAAAGCAAUACCAAGAGCAAAUACUUGCUCAACAGGAACAAUACCAGUGCCAAAUUCAGUUAAUUCAAGAUGAAAUCAAAGCUCUUGUGCAGAUACAAAACCGCCAAGGUAGUUUUCUACCUCAUAAAACCUUUUUGGACGUGGAGGACGAUACUUUGCCCACAUUUAGUAUUGAUGAUCAGAAUCUGGGGGUCCAAACCGUCACAACAGAGGAGCCGGCAGCCACAGUGCUCAGUAGUGGUUACGGGACUAUGUUUUCUUGGAAGACAGGUUUUAUGAACUCUUCCCCAGAGAAUCGGGAAAGUGAAAGUCAAAAGAAAUUCAAAAAGUCACUGAACACAGAUGACAAAACCUCACGUGUGAACAAAAGUCCGUGGAAACAUUCAAGUACAAAGAAACCUGGAGCGGAACGAAUAAGCCAGCAAAAAAACCAGCAGCUAACUUCUGGGGUACACCAGCAACUUACCUCCUGGGCACAGAUGAACAAACUUAGGCAGAAGAAAAACAAGGCUUUGCCAAAUGCAGAGCAAUGCCUCAAACACGUGGAACCAGACCAGCAAUUUAAGUUACAUUCAGAUUCACCAGACCAGAAUCAAGCAGGUGGUCUAAGGAGGAGCGAUAGUCUUAUUUCUGAGGCCUCAGGACUGACCUAUUGGCGACUGCAUGAGAAUGAUCUAUAUCACCCUCUACCGGAGAGCUUUGACAGCGGCGUGCAUCUUUUGAAAGAAGCAUCCAUGGGUUAUCAAUCUCAACUGUCUCUGAAGGAGAUUUACUGUAAUAAACAAGAAGCUGAUUUCAAACGCGUUGAUCAGGAUGGUUCUUGCAAAUCCACCUCCUCAUCUCUACAACCACAAGUGUUUGACACAGCUGUCACGACACGACACUCGGAUUGUACCUCUGGCUUCACUUCGCCCUCUCACUUCAGCAGCCCUUCUUUCUCCACGCCCUCUCACCCCGGCCUCAGGGCUCAGACCCCCCUGACCCCGGACAGUCAUAACCCUGUGGAAGCGGACUGUAUUUCUGAUGCCUCCAGUGUCUGCACAGCUCGAGAUUCACCUCUGAAGCUGCAGGACCAGUGGACUCUUUUCCCCCCUCCUGCCCCACAUCAUAACUUUCAGCACAAUUCUCCCGUCCACAGCGAGCGAGAGCACCACACACACGGCUCUGGUUCAGUGGAUGAUCCUGUCGUACUUUCACUACUCAGACAAAAUUUGAGGGAGAAACAUGCAAGACACGUGGCCGAUCUAAAAGCCUACUAUGAAUCUGAGAUAAAACAUCUUUCAGACAAACUUAGACUCAGCAAUCUCCCCAAAGACCUAGAGAAGACCAACCAGGCCCUUUCUGAAAGAUGCAAACAUUUGGAAAAAGCUUUGGCUGACGCAACAAGUCGCAUUCAAGAACUAGAGGCAAAUAACAGUUCGCUGGAGAAAAAAAUUACGGAAUGGUCAGAGCGAUACGCAGUUGCUGGUGCCACCGUGAAGGCUUUACAGAAGAAGGUGGAGGAAAACAAGCGCUCGGCCAAAGAGAAAGACACGUUAGCAGCUAAACUGAGGAGCCGAGUCCAACAACUGGAAGAGGAAGCAGAGAAAGCCCAGCGAGAUGCAGAGGAAAAGAAGACCAAGAGAGAGAGGGAGUACAAGAUGCUUCAGGAUCUCCUUGGAGAAUAUGACUCCCUUGCAAAAAAGCAUGAAGGCCUCAAGAACAACCUAAUGUCAACCGACAACAAGCUUGUGGAUGCAUAUGGGGAGAUAUCUGAACUUAAAAGAAUCAUUUCAAAGCUGGAGUCGCAGGUGAAACAGCUGGACCAUGAGAGCCAGGCGAGAGUCCGUUACUCUGCACACAGCAACACCAAACCCUCUGGAGCUGGCCUCUUCCACCAUCCUGAUCUGCUUAUGUCACCGACUAAAAGAAACGCUCAGCCAGAUGUCAUAUAUUCUUACUCUCACUCUCCCAUUGAGCAGAUGAGCGAUGGCACAAAGUCAUUUUUAACAAAGCAAUCGGCCAACUCUCCAUUUGACUGUGAGAAUGUAUUAUCAGCAAAUGAAUUCACUGCUGAUAUUACAACUAGUGAACGUUUGAAGAAUGAAAAUAAUGAGCUUCAAGAAGUUUCCCGAAAACCAGCAUCUAAUGUUUUAACUCCUGUAAUGAGAGCUCUGAUUGAACUAGAGGAGACCCGAGCCACUCAAAGCCGCGCACCUUGGUUAGAGUGUUCCAAGUCCACUGUAGGGUUUGUGGAGCGGAGACUCAAAGCACCAUUACAGGAGCAGGACAAAGGCCGAGUCCGAGCUCUUCAGAAGGCUCAAAGAAGUCUGUCUCCAGAGAGCCAGAGAUCGUCUUCUUUGCCACCUCCAGCUCAACGCUGCACACCGACCCCAAACACUCCCACUAAAAGAGAGACCCUUCUUUUGCCCGUGUCAGCAAAAUCUAGUCCAAAACGCUGCCCUACUGAGAACUUCUCCACUGCCUUUGGUCACCUGAUGCCCAGAGAGGAACAUUUACGAAACCCCAGGAAAAAGCUUCUUUUCACAUCAGCAAAUGUGAAUCAUGGACAACAUCCUUCAGAUGCUUUGGGCGACGCCCCGCCCCCUGAAACGAGCCCCCAGCUGGACUGGGACGUACAGAGGAAUGUUCCGGAUGGAGACACAGGACAUUUCGACAGGCAGCUGUCACUGACUGAGGCUGAGAGGCUGUUGGAUGAACUCACUCAGGAGAAACUGCAGAUUGAAGCAGCUUUGAGCCGGAUGCCGGGGGCAGGCAGGCAGAACCUACAAACAAGGAUUGAUGAGGUGGCCUUAGAGGAUCGUCUGGAGAGACUGAACCGGCAGCUGGGAUCUCUCCGCAUGACUCUGAAGAGGUAUAAACGGUCUGUGGUUCAGAAGAUCAGACACCGAGGGUCCGGGCAGAGGCAUGCGCCGGUGCUCAGCGGGACCACGGGCGGACACGGCCCGUGA